AUGGGUCAUCCAAUUUCAGAAGCAAAAGUCGAUGAAAUCCCUUUCAACAUAAGGGAAUAUGAAAAAUAUAAGAAGCCACUUAUUCAUAAAUUGUUAAUAACUAAUAAAAUGAUCGAUAUGAGUGAGUGUAAUAUUCAUGCAUCAAUUGUGAGCGAGAAAAAUAAUAUAUUUUCGCUACAUGUGGAGUAUAUUGGUGGAAAUAAAAAUCGUCCAGUUAUUGUUAUUCAUCAGAUACAAGGUGAAAAGGCUAAAUGGUUUAGUAAUCAAAAUAAUCGAGUUAAAAUUAAACUUGGAUGGGUUAUCAUUGGGCCACCAACAAAUUUCGGUUUUAGUAUCCAAUACCCACUAGCACUCAAAAGCGGGAAAUACCGAGUUCUAGAAGCGAAGGAUUAUCAUAUAAUAAACAAUUGUGGCAUGUUUGGCACUUGCGCUUUAGAAGCAAAUAACAUUGCUCCACAAGCAAAAAAUAGAUCAGAUACAAGGACUGCUACUUACCGUAAAAUUAAUAACCCAAAAGAAUCAUCAUAUGUCAUUGGUAAUUACCUAACGCGUCAAGGAUCUGCAAGUCAAGAGUCUACGUAG